UGGUCUGGAGCCUGGGUGGGCGAGCGGCUGCCCGCCCCUCCCCAGCCACGCCCUCUCGCCGCUCCGUCAGCGCGGCUGCCGACGUGGAGCCGGCCGAGGCCGCGGCCAAGGCGGAAGUAGCCGGGCGGAGGAGCCGGAGUCCUCGGGCGCCGCCGCCGCCGGAGCACCUGCGGCCAUGGAGGGCUCCUUGGAGACGGUGGUUGACCCUACCUUAGCAGAAAUGGGAAAGAAUCUCAGCGAGGCCAUGAAGCUGCUUGAAGAUAAUCACAGGAAAGUAGAAGAAGAAAAUGAAAAGAACUACAAAAGGAAGGAUAUUCCUGGGCCACUUCAAGGCAGCGGACAGGAUAUGGUGAGCAUUCUCCAGUUUGUUCAGACUCUAAUGCACGGAGAUGAAGAAGAAGAAUCACUACAGUCUUAUCGGCUUCAAAAUGUGGGAGAACAGGGACAUAUGGCUCUCUUAGGACACAGCUUGGCGGCUUAUAUUUCCAUCCUGGACAGGGACAGACUGAGAAAACUUACUACCAAGAUCCUUUCGGAUACAACUCUGUGGCUUUGUAGGCUCUUCAGAUUUGAAAAUGGGUCAGCCUAUUACCAUGAAGACGAUCGCGAAGGGCUUUUAAAAGUCUGCAAGCUGGGGAUUCACUCCCGCUAUGACGAUUAUGCCACUGAAGGGUUUAUUGCCUUAUAUAACAAGCAGCCGGUGGUGUACAUCAGUGCUGCCGCAAGAACUGGCUUGGGCCAAUUCCUCUGUAGUCAGCUCGGCUUACCUCUUUCCUGCGUGUGUCGAGUGCCGUGUAACACCAUGUUUGGCUCCCAGCAUCAAAUGGAUGUUGCUUUGUUGGACAGACUGAUCAAGGAAGACCUUGAAUCUGGAAAGCUGCCUAUCUUGCUGGUGGCCAAUGCCGGCACCCCAGGGGCAGGGCACACAGACAAACUCGGGCGACUCCGGGAACUGUGCCGGCAACACGGCAUGUGGCUCCACGUUGAAGGGGUGAAUCUAGCCACUCUGGCUUUGGGUUACGUCUCAUCUUCCAUACUGGCAGCAACCAAAUGUGACAGCAUGACACUGACGCUUGGACCGUGGCUGGGUCUUCCAGCAGUGCCUGCAGUGACUCUUUACCGACAGGAGGAUCCUUCUUUGUCGUUAGCAGCAGGCCUGACCUCCAGCCAGGUAGCAGAGAAACUGCGUGCUCUGUCCCUCUGGCUGUCCUUGCAGUAUCUCGGCCACGAUGGGAUCGUAGAAAGAAUUAAGCAUGCCUCCCAACUGAGUCAGCGGCUACUGGAAAACCUGAAGAACCAAGAUUUUAUUCGAACCUCAGUUGAAGAUGAAUUUAGCUCUCCUGUGGUGGUGUUCAAGUUUUCCCCAGAAAAGUCACAUUUAGAUCAGAUGCUACAAGCUGCACAAUUGUCAUCGGUUACCGGGAACGAGGGAGACAUUUGUGAUACCUUUAACCAGUGGCUUGGAGAGCAACUGGCUCAGUUGGUCCCUGCCAGUGGGGUGGAUCUGGUGGAUCUGGAGGACGAAGGCACCUGCGUGCGUUUCAGCCCUUUAAUGACUUCUGCAGUUUUAGGCACUGAAGUUCAAGACGUGGAUCAGUUGAUGGACUGCUUAAAAAUGAAGGUCCCGGUUCUGAACUGCACUUUGCAGCUGAGAGAGGAAUUCGAACAGGAAGUGAAGAGAACCGUCGGCUUGUCCUAUGUGGAAGAUUUUAGCUGGCCUGGCCUUGGGGUGGUCAGGUAUAAGGGCCAAAAUGAAGAGAUGCCAGAGAAAGACGCGGAGAAGAUAAACAGCUGCCUUUUGAAGAAGCUCAACGAACUGGAAUCAGACCUGUUAUUUUCUUUAGGGCCAGAAUUUGGAGCAGAGAAGAACUGCAUUUAUAUCGGGAUGGUCACCGAGGAUCUAGAUGUCCCUGAGCUGGUGGAAACUAUUGCAGCAAGUGGCCGUGAAAUUGAAGAAAAUUCGAAGCUUUUGGAAAACAUGACUGAGGUGGUUCGAAAAGGCAUCCAAGACGCCCAGGUUCAGUUGCAGAAAGCUAAUGAGGAACGCCUUCUGGAAGAGGGUUUGCUUCGACAAAUUCCUAUGGUGGGCUCUGUCCUCAACUGGUUUUCCCCACUUCAUGCCUCAGCGAAGGGACAGACUUUUAACCUAACAGCAGGUUCUUUAGAAUCCACAGAGACAACAUACGUAUCCAAAGUCCAGGGCACGGGGAUCACCCCGCCUCCCACUCCCACGUCAAGCCGUGCUAAACAGAAGUUUCCUGGUCAAAAACUGUUUAGACGGGCCGGGAGGAACUCGGAUGGGGUCAGCGAGACCAGUUCCCUGAACCAAGCUGCCGAUUUAGACAGAGGAGAAUUCGCAGCUUCUCCCGUCAAGCCGGAGAAUGCGGAGCCGUCGAGCGAAGGCAUGAUGCCUUGCACCCAGGAAGCCUCCAGCGCUUCCCCAGGCACCAAGGCUCAGGCCUCGGGAACUGACCCCUCGCCAUCCGAGGAGAAAGAGAGUCUUAGAUAAAAAUCAAGAAUCUGCGCAUUAAGACUUUGUGCAGGGGAGGCGGGGGGGGGGAAGUGCACUUCGCUGCAGAAAACUGAACGAUGCGUUUAAAAUGUGAACUCUGCCAGCGGUAGUCAGUACGAUAUUGCUAUUCAUGUGUGAUUGGCUGGAGAUUUUGCACAAAAAUUAGUGGAAGGCUGCUUUUUCUCUCUCUCUCUCUCUCUCUUUACUCGUCUGCUUGGUUCCGAUUCUUCUCAUUCUGUCCUGCACGCCCGUUUAGUGCCAAGGUUGGAUCUGGGUGGCUGAGGGACGUUUUCCUUCUUUACCAGGAACAUGCAAGAAUGAGGAGCCAAAGAGGCGUCCCCCAAAAUGCCUGAUUUUUUUAAAAAAAAAUUAAUUAAAAAGGUGCUUUCCACAGACUUUUUCUGGGUUUUCUAAAUAGGAUUGCAUUCUGUGCUGGGAUUAAACUAAUUUGCUGAGCCCCCACCAGCCGCUGGCUAUUUUUAUUCAACAAGUGUUUAAAAUAUUUUUCAAAGCCUCGCCGUCUUUACCGUUAACGUGGCGCUACUUUGGGGGAUAUAAGUGGCUUUCGGAUUCCCCAAAUCUUUUGCCUCAAUUCACCAUCCGUCCACUCCUUUUCCAGCCCUGUUGGACAGAGAGAGGGAGAGAGGGGGAGAAUAAGAUUUAUCCAUUUCACAGGGUCCUAGCUUUAGAUGUUGCUUGCCCGAGCCAAACUUAACUGGCAGUUUAAAAAUGUAGGAAAAAAAUCACACAGGCCAAAAUCCAGUUUGAAAGGUUUGCGUUGAAGGGACAUCCAUCCUUAUUGCUCCACGCUGCCUUUUUGAGGAGAUGGCAUUACCUCCAGAUGGUGGCAUAUUGGUGAGGGUUUCCCCCCCCCUUGCUGUUUUAGCUUUUCUCAUUGGUUGGUUGCGUUUGUUAAAUAUUGUAAAUAUUCAGAGAAAUUAGCUUAUCAUACAGUACUGCACUAUGGAAAAGAAAUACACAUACUAAGCUGAUUUGGUUUUGAAAGUUGAGAGUAGAUAUUCAAGCCUUGAUUCCUCACCCAGGUGAUUAAUGACGCCUUCUAUUUUCUGAGACAGAUUUAGCUCUUUCUCUGUUAAACACAGCAACUUCAUUCCCUAAGAGAAUUGGCUGAACUUGAUCUCUCUUCCCCUGCUCACCCCUUGUUCUGAUUUAAAAUAGAUGUUUCACACAGACAAAAAUAUUUUUUUGGAGCAACAUUUCUCUAUAGUGCAGUUUUCCCCAAAUCGGCUGCUAUUUGGGUUCACUGGACUUGUUUCCAUCCAGAAACCCAAGAAUUUGGGGAAAUGAAUUUCAACAUCCUGAAUGAGACAGUAACAGUUGGGGAACAGUGUGGCAUUUAAUAGAGUUCCAUUUCGAUUUAAUUAAUAAAGCUAGUGUAAGCUAAGGGACAAUUUUAUUCUCAGCAGUUGAAGAAGUCAAUCCCGUUCUAACACAUAUAAUGAAUUAAGGAGUGGUUAUUCUCAAAAUUAUUUCGUUGUUGGUGGUAAUAUAGUCCAAUGCUGAGACUGUAAGUCAUCCUAAGCAGAAAAAUUGCCAUUCCCUCAAACCCCCCCCCCAAAAAAGUCCAAAAACAGACCCACGUAGUCGUAAUAGUAGAAAUUGCUAAUUUGGAAUUGGGAGAUUUUUCUGCUUUAAAACCCAAGUAUCCAGACAUGAUUCACAUAAGUUAUGGAGAUCUCACCAAACUAGAUCUUACAGCGAAUGCUAGAAUAUUCUCCUCUCUUUUAAUAAUUUACUUGAGGAUCUGUUAUCCUUUGCACUCAAGUGGGCAUUAAGGGUUCAAGCUUUGCUUAUUAUUAUUUAUGGAAGUUGAGAGGUAAUGAUCAACAUAUCUAGUUUACUUUAGGUAACCUGUUUCUUCAAGCUCAGCUAGAACUGAUUGAAGCUCUUCCAUGAGUACUGCAACAGUGGGCUUUUAAUGACCAAAAUGUUUGUUCAAGGUUAACAACAGCUUGUUCUUUCUUAAUUGAGGAUUAUUGCUGGUUAAAUGUACAGUUAACUCCGAACUAUUAAGGGUUGAUUUUUUUCCAAAGUGUAAAUUGAAUUGUCUUCCUUUUGACUGUUUAUUUAGUGCAAUGAUUUAUAUUAACUUGGGUUCAUGGAGGGGGAAAAGGUUAAAGUUAUAAUUGUUAAUAUAAAUUUUAAAGGUUUUAUAUCAAGCUGGCAGUUUUGCUAGAAUACAGUCCUAAUUUAGAUACUUCCUAAAUGCUUCAAUAAAAGUUCUUCAACUUGU